AUGCAGCGCCAGGAGGCGGAGGGGAAGCUCAAGGCGAUCAGCGCCGAUGUGUCGAAGGUGGACGCCGAAGCCAAGCAGGCCAUGCAGCAGGCCACGGCGCUGUGCGGAAACAACAGCAGCUUGCAGGCGCUGCAGCAGGCGGAGCAGAUCUUGGCACCCCACUCCCAGGCCAUGAUCGAGGUGCAGAGAAAGCUGGCCGAGGGCCAGAGGGGUCAGCAGGGCGACGUGGCCCGGAACUUUGUGCAGUUGGCCAACCAGCUCAGGAUGACCCAGCAGUCCCUGACGCAGCUGACCACGAAGUAUCGCGACGCCAAAGCUCAGGCCGAGAAGCAGGUGAAGAUGGCCGAUGCGGAGCUACGGGAGACCAAGGCCUUUGAGGACCUACUGCCUGAAACCACUCAGAAAUGCACCAUGGCAGAGGAGGCCAUGGAGAAGGCCGUGGCCACUCACGAGACCAUCGCAGGGGCCGGGGCAGACCUGGACCAGGCGCAGAAGGCGGUGGGCGACACCGAGGUGGCGGUGAAGGAGGCGGAGAAAGCGCUGGGCGAGGCCAGAAUGGUGCUUCAAGGCAAGCUGAACUUCGCGAGGCGUUUUGAGGCGCCCAAGGUGAGGGACAACGCGAGCCAAGAGCUGAACAAGAUGAUGGCCAAGUUGCAGACCGUGCAAAGCAAGCUCAUGCCCCUGAAAACUGCCCGGCACGAGCUCGCGCAGCGCGCUGCGGCACAGAAGACGCUGAAGGAGCUCCAGGAGAAGCUGACCCCCCUGGCGCAGGACGUCCAGGCCGCCGAGAGCGCGCAGCACGCCGCGGAGGCGGAGGAGGCCACGGAGGAGCAGAAGGCGGCGGCCGAGGCGGCGACGCAGAAGGCGGGGCAUCAGCUGGAAGCGCUGUGGAAGCUGAUCGCGGCGAGGAGGCUCCGCGGCGGCGAGGUGGUGGCUAAGGAGCUGGCCCCUGUGGAACAAAGCUACAAGGAGUUAGAAGGAAAAGUGAAAGCGAUCCAGGAUAGAAAACGCCUGGGCGAAGAGCGAGUUGCGCUGGAGGUGGCCGAGAAGGAAGCGCAGGAAAGGAUUCAAGCCCUUCAAGAGGCCGCGGCGAAGGCACAGGGUCCGCCGGGCUUUGGGACGCGGAAUCCCUUUCAGGCGGAAGAAGCCGACGCCUCCGUAGUGGCUGUGGAGGAGCCACUCGUGGCCGAGCCGAGCGAGUUCUGA